AUGCUGCCGCUUCUGUUCAUAGCAGUCUUCCUCGCCGCCGGUGUCACGGCCAACCAAGUCGCCGGCAAAUUCCAAGCCCUCUUCUUCUACCAGCUCUACAGGCUCGAAGUCGACGCCCAUGGCCUCGCCAACUCGCGCAUGGCGCCCGGCUGCGCCAAGGCCGGCGUCGUCUGCAGCAUGGAGGAAUUCAUGAAGGAAGUCUGCAAGACCAAGAUCGAACCGGAGCGCGACGCCAACGGCAAUAUCAUCAAGCCCCCCAAGGGCCAAAAACCGAACCUCGUCAAUGUGCCCGAUUUGAGCAAGGUCGACUGGGCGCGCGUCGGCGAGGGAGCGGACCUCGACGUCUUCAGCACCGAGUUUGACAAGUCGGGCUUCAAGGGCGACUUUGUCAAUAAGAAGAUCUUCAAGGACUGGAGUCAGAAAGACACUUUUGAAAACGUCAUGAGCGAGGCGGAGGAUAUUGGUACAAAGGCCAUUGCCAAGCUCAACGCUGACGGCAGGCAGCCGGCCGAUGACCGGGUCAACAAGAUGACCGCGGCGCUGAAGACUCAUGCCGAUGCUCGGCGCUACGAUCAGGCGCAGAAGAUCACCAAGGCGUUUGAAGGUGAAAUGCAGAAGAAGGGGAUCACCGUCGCGUACACUGAUCCCAUAGAGAGGCCGCCGGUGCCGGGGUACCGGAAGAUUGACGCGGACCAGACCAUCAGCAAUAACCAGGACAAAGCCGGUUUUAACGACAAAAUGGAGAAGACGGUGAGAGAAUAUGUCUCCAAGUACAAUAGCGCAGGAACAUCGAAGAGCCAUGUUGAGGCUAUUGCGAAGACGGAGCAGAUGCAUAAGCAUUUUGCCGAGGCGUGUAAAGCAUGA